AUGAUGCAGAGCGCGGCUGUCCCCGCGGAGGGGGCUGUCAAGGGGCUCCCGGAGAUGCUCGGUGUGCCGAUGCAACAGAUUCCCCAGUGUGCUGGCUGCAACCAGCACAUUCUGGAUAAGUUCAUCCUGAAGGUGCUGGACAGACACUGGCACAGCUCCUGCCUCAAGUGCGCAGACUGCCAGAUGCAGCUGGCUGACAGGUGCUUCUCCAGGGCCGGGAGCGUCUACUGCAAAGAAGAUUUCUUCAAGCGCUUUGGCACAAAAUGCACAGCCUGCCAGCAGGGCAUCCCCCCGACCCAGGUGGUCCGCAAGGCUCAGGACUUUGUCUACCACCUGCACUGCUUUGCCUGCGUCAUCUGCAACCGGCAGCUGGCCACGGGGGACGAGUUCUACCUUAUGGAGGACGGCCGGCUAGUGUGCAAGGAAGACUACGAGACAGCCAAGCAAAACGAUGACUCGGAGGCUGGGGCUAAGCGACCGCGGACCACCAUCACUGCAAAGCAGCUGGAGACCCUGAAGAAUGCGUACAAGAACUCUCCAAAGCCUGCCCGCCAUGUGAGGGAGCAACUCUCCUCCGAGACAGGCCUGGACAUGAGAGUGGUACAGGUUUGGUUUCAGAACAGAAGGGCCAAGGAGAAAAGGCUGAAGAAGGACGCUGGGCGGCAUCGCUGGGGGCAGUUCUACAAGAGCGUCAAGAGGAGCCGGGGAAGCAGCAAGCAGGAGAAGGAGAGCUCUGCAGAGGACUGUGGGGUUAGUGACAGUGAGCUGAGCUUCCGAGAAGAUCAAAUACUCUCAGAACUUGGCCACACCAAUAGGAUUUAUGGCAACGUGGGGGACGUUACAGGCGGACAGUUAAUGAAUGGGAGCUUCACCAUGGAUGGGACAGGACAAUCCUAUCAGGACCUGAGGGAUGGGAGCCCCUAUGGGAUCCCCCAGUCUCCAUCCUCCAUAUCGUCCUUGCCAUCCCAUGCUCCCUUGCUGAGUGGGCUGGAUUACACGGUGGACAGUAAUCUGGGCAUCAUUGCGCAUGCAGGGCAGGGAGUGAGUCAGACACUGAGAGCCAUGGCUGGGGGACCCAGCUCUGACCUCUCGACAGGAAGCAGUGUAGGCUACCCAGAUUUUCCAACUAGCCCAGCCUCUUGGCUCGAUGAAAUGGACCAUCCUCCUUUUUAGACUUUCCUCGCCACCUUUCUUGUCCUGCUGGCAUGAGAGAAUGUCUUCAAGGGUCAAAAGUAUGCCAAUGUGAAUUUCCAUUAUUUUCAAUGGAAGUCCUCCGCCGGUUCCUAGGAGGCCCAGACCACACUAGGAUACUGCUUUCUUGGGAAGAGACAGGAGAGCAGCCUCAUCUCUACCACAGCACAGGGGUGGACAGCCUAGAACUCUAAGGAUGCUGGCUUGUUGGCUCCCUCCCCUCCCACCCUGCUUAGAGGCUUUGGCUGCUCAGUGCUUGGACAGCACAAGGUGACCGUGACAGGCCACCUUGGCCUUUGGGAACUCUGCUCCAGCUGGUGCAUCUCACAUUUGGUCUCCCAAAUCACCCCUCUCACCAGAACCAGGAUUCCUGAUGGGAAGGCACCAUGGCACCCCCGAGAAUAAUAAAUGGUUUCUGGACCACCUUGAUUACACACUAAUUUUCAAAAUAAAGUCAGUUAUUAAAGGCUAGUAAAAACACUGGUGGCCACAGUUUGAUGUUAAAAAAAAAAAAUGACACCAUCCCAUUCUGUUUGCUGCUGUGAAAAUAGGGACUCUUUCCCUACCUGCCAGUGCAACCCAGAGUCGGUCUGGGUUUAAAAAAAAAAAUCUUGUCUGUAUUGUUGAACCCCUGAUGGCAAGAAAUGGCGUCCGCUUCAAGUGACUCUGAGAGGAGAGCCUGAGUGACUCUGAAUCUUCCCACGGGGUCUGAUGAGUCCUCUUGGUGCAGAGUGCCUUUUAAUCUGCUUACAUCCUUUGCUCCCUGAGACAGGCUGAGGGCUACAAAAUAAUCAAAGCUAACCCGUGCAGAGGCCAAAAUGACAAUCAGUGAAGACAUUUGUAGAUACAUUUGGAUUUCCAACAGGCAGGUUGGUCAGCCACACUAGAAGAAGUUAGUCUUCCCUGACAAUGGAGCAGCCAUGGAGAGUUGGUUUUGAUGAAUUUCCCUUAAGAUGAGUAUCCUAAGGCUAGUCUCCCUUAAAACAAUAGCUUCCUCUGCUGUACCAGCUGGUUCUAGUUCUGUUGCUUCCAGGGACCAGCCUUACAUUUUUUGUUUCCUGGCUUACCUUGGUUUGGUUUGGAAGAACAAACCAAGUUCUCUGGUUGGACUCCUGCCACGCCACAGCCUCCAGCCCCACACCUAGGAAGCCCUGGCUCUCUGGCCAGCCCCAGUGCAGGGACCCUCUGCCUGCAAGGUUGGCAGUUGCUGCUUUACUGAACCUGCAGUAAGAGGCCAGCCUGGCUCUCAGUCUGUCACUGAGGCUGCACCUCUGGUAGACACAGCUGUGAGUGGUGGCAACUGUCACCGGUGUGGCCCACUUCUGGUCAUCAGGAAAUGCUCCGAUUUCAAAAUGGGAUUUUAGCCAGCUGGAAUUCAUUCCCACCUCACCUCUCCCCCCCAGGGAACUGGGUGAUUUCUUCUGGCCUCACAUUCUUUUAAACAAGACCUGAGAGGAAGGAAAAGGCACGGCCUUUCUUUUACAUGAAGU